ACAACAUCAUGAAGCUUCAAACAUCCCUCCUUUUAACAUCGCUGUCUCUCCCCGGUGCUCUCUCGGGCUUCCUGGGCCCGAUCUAUCCAGCUCCGAGAGACCUAUCAAGCCGCAACAGUCACGUCGCGGCGAGCUGGAGGAACCUCUCAGCCAGUCUGGACAACGCCCUGCACCGGUCGAACAACACUCUAUCCAAGCUACGAGACACCACCUUUUCAAUUGGACUGUUCUCGACUCGUGAUGCAGGUGCCGAGACCCUGCAGUACCAUUAUGCCUCUCCCGAAAUCGUGCAGGCGAAGAAUGGCACACACAAGGUCGACGGUGACAGCAUCUACCGCGUUGCCAGCGUGUCCAAGCUGUUCACCGUGCUUGCAGCCCUAGUCGAGCUCGACGGUCAAGACUGGGAGCUCCCUCUGUCGGCAAUAUUCCCAGAAUUCGCACAGUACCUCCGCGAGCACUCCGACACCCUCGACCCGGUGUACGACAAUCAGUGGGAUGCCAUCACGCCUAAAGCCCUAGCAUCCCACAUGGGUGGCAUCGCCCAGUAUGGUGCGCCCUGGAUCGGGGAUUUGUACUUGAGCAAUCAGAUUCUCAACACCUCGUUGCCCGACAUAGGCCUCCCCCCUAUCGGCGAAAACGAUCGCUUUAGCUUGCCUCCCUGUGCAACUCUCGAAGGUCUUGCUGGAGCUUGUUCACCAGGCGACUACGCUGAGGGUGUCGCGGGCAGCGCCCCCAUCUUCCUCCCCUGGGCCAGCCCAGUAUACUCGAACAAUGGCCUGACCCUGCUCGGAGCGGCCAUUGCCAAUCUCACCGGCAAGUCGCUCGACCAGGUCUUCCAGGACAGCGUCUUUGACCCGCUCGACCUGAAUUCAACCUACUCCGUGAUCCCCCCCAAGUCCGAGCUCCACCGAUCCGUCGUCGCUGGUCCCUUUGAAGCCGGCUUCGGGCUCGAGAACGGUAUAUCCAAGUCCUCCGGCGGUAUCUUCUCGACCCUCAACGACCUCGCCAAGUUCGGCACCGGCAUUCUCAACUCAACCCUGCUCUCACCCACCGAGACCCGGCGCUGGAUGAAGCCCGUUUCCCAUACAUCCAGCCUGCACAUCUCCAUCGGUGCACCCUGGGAGAUCUACCGCUACGAACACCCAGGAACCGGUCUCGUCACCGACAUCUACACCAAGCUCGGCGACUCCGGCUCAUACGGUGGCCUCACAGCCAUCCUCCCAGACUUCGACGCCGGAUUCAGCGUCAUUACCGCCAGCACCGCAGACACCCGAAGCGAAAACACCUUCUUCCUGAUCCAGCAGAUCGUUGACGCCAUCUUGCCCGCAUUAACAAAACAAGCUGGUGUCGAACUCGAGCGGAAAUACGUAGGCACCUAUACCUCCACUACCCCCGGCCUCAACAGCUCCAUCACAUUCAAAGCCGUCGGAGGAGCCCUACCUGGUCUCCAGAUCUCGUCUUGGGUCAGCAAUGGCACAGACCUCAGCCCGCAGAUUAAGACCCUUUUCCGCUCCCCAGGCUUCCAACAACCGUACAGCCUGCGACCUGCCAUUUCUCCUGCUGGGGACGCGGGCAAGAUCGUGUUUCGACCGGCGACUGCGGUGGUGAAACCUAUUGAGCCGCGUGAUCCGUCGAAUCUGUUUACUAGCUUUUAUUAUGCCGAUGACUGGGCGUUUUUGGGGCAGACGAGUUAUGCGUUGCAGUAUUUGUCGGAGUUCGUGUUUGAUAUAAAUAAGGAUGGAAGUGUAGGCAGCGUCACCAUUCCGGCUUGGAGGGUGGAGUUGGAGAAGCAGUGAUUCUGUAUUGGAUUUCUGGAUUGUAUUACCUGCGUGAUAGAUAGCGUUUCGAAUGUUACUGCAUGUUUAGCCUGUC